GGAAACUCUGGAUAUCAUUCUGUGUUCAUUGGCAAUGCCAUUGCGUGGAGAACAGCCCUGAUCCUUAUGUUUGCCAGCAGCCGCGGUAUUCGAUGGGUGCUGGAGCAGCCUGAGAACAGUGCAGCUGUCUGGCAUCCAGCUCUAGAUCGGGUAUGGACUUGCAGUAUUUGGCAAGGACUUUACACGUGGUUCAUGGGAACUCCAAAGAGACAAAGAUUGUGGUCCAAUGAUCCUGAGUUUUUGAGGGGGCUAGCUGCGUGUGCCCAGACUAUGCGUCCAGGGGACCGGCAGAAGUUCCAAGGUGAAGCGCUCACCAAACGACAUAGAAGAUCAGAUGGAACCUAUUCUUGGUCUGGAAAGGGGGACGUCUUGAAAGCAUCUCAGUAA